AGCGGCGCCAGGUUGACGGUCAUGAUUCUAACAAGUAAUUGUUUUAUGUUAAAUGAACAUUUGUCAUUUAGACUAUGGCUUCAAAAAAAGAUAUACCCGUUAAUGUAUCUAAACUUUUGAAUUUGUUUCGGAGCUUGGUACCGAAACUUACAACCGAUAAGUGCAAAGGCCAAAAUGGGCGAAUUGGUGUUAUUGGAGGUUGCUUGGAGUAUACGGGUGCGCCAUAUUUUGCUGCAAUUUCUGCAAUGAAAGUAGGUGCUGACAUAUCGCAUGUUUUUUGUCACAACAAUGCAGCUACAGUUAUUAAAUCAUAUAGCCCAGAUUUAAUUGUUCACCCAGUUCUGGAUCGCUUAGACGCUGUUGAAAAAAUUGUUCCAUGGUUACAGGGAUUACAUGUAAUUGUUAUUGGUCCCGGCUUGGGACGGGAUCCGACCGUUCUAAAAACGACAAUCGAAUUAUUAAAAUACUGCGUGACAGUGCGAAAACCAGUCAUUAUUGAUGCUGAUGGGUUAUUUGUACUAAAAGAUAAUAUUAAUUUGAUACAUGGAAAGCAGAAUGUAAUAUUGACCCCAAACGCUGUAGAAUUCCAAAGACUGUUUGGAAAGGAUCCACAUUUAGUGAUGGAAGAAAUGUCGCUAUUGGGAGAAGGAGUAUUAGUGCUAGAAAAGGGCUUAACUGACAAACUGUAUAUUCCUCACACUAAAGAAAUUUACUCAAUGCCUAUUGGAGGAUCCGGUCGAAGGUGUGGAGGACAAGGGGACUUGCUUAGCGGAUCAAUAGCAACAUUUUUUUUUUGGACUUUGCAGUCAAACCAACAAAAUCCAGCAUACCUUGCUGCUUGUGCAUCGAGUCAUUUUAUAAAGAAAUUAAAUUUAGCUGCAUUUAACAAAUUAGGUAGGAGCAUGGUAGCAAGUGAUAUGAUAAAUGAAAUACCUACCGUUUUUCGCGAUAUCUUUGAAUAAUAACUAAAAUUGCAUUCAUUUUGUAUAUAAUUAUUUUAACAAUACCUUUAAGUUGUAAAGUUGCCAACAUGGAAGGAACCUCCUUGCAAAAAGUCCCAAUUGCGGCAUUUUUAACAUUUUUAAAGAUAGAAAAACAAGAAUUGGUACAUAUAUGUACCUACAAAAAUUAAGA